UGCUCACUCCACCACAUACUCACGCCUCCCAUCCAGUUUAAAGUACUCAGUUAUUGAUAUAAGACGCGAAAAUGCUGCAAAGCGUUAAUUAUACAGGACUUUAAAAUACUGCCAAUAAGGGAAAAGAUAUUAGAGUUUACCGAUUAUUUACUGGGAGGACUCGAAACUACGUCAAAACUAGAAGACGACAUAUGAUUGAUACCGAAAACGUGAACUUAGGCUGCAGGCCAGUUGGGAAAUGUUGCAGUGUGAGUGGAUGAGUAUCAAGUGAUGUUAGGUUACAUAAGACUAAGAUACAGUGUGUGCUUCAACAUUGUUAUUGGUGGCGAGGUGAUAAGUUUACCACUAUAGAACCGUCCCGUUUAUAUUGUUUAAAGGAUCAUCGAUUAAGAUACACGAUGGAAACAGGAGGUUCUUAAGGCAAGUGAGGAGUUUAUUGUCGACCUAGGAGUACCGAGUAGAAACAUGCAGUCAGUGGCGGCGGUGGUGGUGACGGUACUAGGCUAUACUGUCGCCGCUAUUCACCCACCUCGUACUAGUGACGAUGGUGGGGACUCCCCUGACCACUUGCCUUUUGCUCACGGUAACGCCACUCUUACAGACCAAACGCACCCACGAAUUGAGGUUCCUCGGCUCCAUUUAGAGGACGUUUACCCCAGUAACACGACAGAGACUACUGUAAGAGGUCAUCAGGCACAACCCCAAAAUUAUGGCUUUGUUGACCGUAGUUUUACCAGUGUAGAGGAAGGAUCGGUGAGUUUAGUAGACGGUGAUAAGCCAACACAACCUCUAAGUUAUGACCGUAUGGACCAUAAAAUCUUUACAAUGGAGGAAAGAAAGUCUAUCACUCCUGGACAGGGACGAUCAGGUCGGCGUAUACAUGACGGUGAGCAGCUGCAUCAACUUUACCAUCGAGUAAAGCACCUAAGCGACUCCCUGUCCGACCACCGCCUUUAUUACAACCUGCUGUCCCAUCGGGCCUUCCACAUGCUACUGAAUGAGGUAAAUAAGCUUCCUAAGGACGCCCCAGCCACUUAUGUGACCCCAAACCUGACUGAGGCUGUACAGACGCUCCACUAUCAGCUGAGUCUCGCUGAGCACAUCGUUCACAACCUCACCUUCAUCAUCAGGGAGGCUGUCCCUCAAUACUACGUCGACGAUUAUGUUGUUACGGGAAUGAUUAAUGCACUACUGCCUACGUCACACACAGUGUUGAAGCUUUAUAAGCCAAGUGAUCAAUAUUUCUUUUCAACCUCAGAUAUACAUGAACCAACCAAUCAAAAUAUGCCUUCAACAUCGGACUUUCAUAUGCCAAUUAAUAAAAAAUUUCCGUUCGAUGGUUUUUCUGCUCCCAGUAUUCACCUCCCGGCUCAGUACCUUGUAGGGGACACGCCUCACCCUUACCAUUACGUCAUGCCUGACACAACCGCUGAUGCUCCCCAGGACAUGCUACAAACUUACACUGAGACCAAAGCCUCGCCGCCCUAUCAACAGCCCCUAGAUCAAGACUCACUAGUCCUUCAGUCCCCGUCGUUGGUUCAUGCACAACCCGUGGGAGUUGGCGACGCGGAGGGGCCUGGAACACUGACGGGACCUGGGAUACUUUUUGUGACUGACGAAGUAUUACGCCCACAGGUGCAUGAGACUGUCCCAGACAACAUCACGUACAGUCCCAUCACGCAUGAUAACACCACAGAGAAAACUUCGGGUAAGAACCACGCUCUAUCUUAUGACGGGCAGUUUGGUGACGGACGUAAUGUAAAACGCUUGCAACCAUUUCCUUUAUCUCGGAAUAAGCCGAAGGUCAUAAUCGAGACAGCCCCUCAUGGAGGACAGAGAGUCGUGAGCGAGUCGGGGAGUAUUUUCAGCCCUGGUGGAAGACCUGCUCCCGGCGUCACGUCUACCACUUUAACCUCGUUCAUCGCUGCCAUGAACGUAACCAACCACUUCUCACGAUCUAUCCAAUUAUCAGUCGCUACACAACACUCCCUUACAAACGCUACUGCGUCACUGAGGUCAUCGUCAGCCCAGGAAGAACUAAUUUAUAUAAAAAAUCGUUCCCAGUUGUCUGUGAAGGAGCGCAUGUUACUGCAUCACCAACCACGGUCUCCACAGAGAUCACAACCGAUCACAGAGAAGCACCAGGAUAUAAUAGAGGUUCAGAAUGACUUUUCACUGUCAAACCUCGAAGGCGGUGUAACUCUGGAGGACCCCUUGAUGACCACACAACCUCCCCUACCACCCUCGCCUACCACUAAUAUAUUUCCUUCAUUUACCGUAAUAUCUACACCAACAUCACUUCCAUCAUCUGUGACAGGUUUAACGUCGUCUACUGUUCCGUCGUCGCAAUCAACCACCCUCAUGCUGAAAGUUACAGAGGAUGAAAGUUAUGUCUGGUCGUCAUCAAGUAAUCCUGGGGUUACGUCACAUCACAACCAAUCCUCACUGCUCCCUCUCCUCAGGCCUCUCACCUCAAUUACUCACCCAGUCUUGCUGACGAGAGUUACUCCAUCGCCCCCUGGCCAUGAUGAUGCCUUUGGGGUCCACACAAAACCUCUCAUAAACGCUUCAGACACAAAGUUGCCGCACGUUGCAACUCUCGCAGCUGGAGCUUCUCUGUGGGGGAGCGGCCAGAAGAUUGGUCAAAUGCAUCGAUCAGUGACAACCGGAACGCUUGACAAUACCACCACAAGUCCUCAGGGGAACCAUCCCCACUUGCUUCAUUUUUUAAAAUAUUGGAUGUAUCCUCCUCAGGUUCACUCAGAAGCAACAGUACCGAACACAGAACUGGUGAAGGAUUACAAUCUAGCUUUCAGCUAUGUUACAUUGCCGCCGCCGAUGCCCAAGUCUCUGUCUGUGCCACACUCUCUGAUGCGGCGACCACAGCCUGAAGAAAAUCAUCCUCUUCCAGCAGCCCCACAGUGGCAACAAACACCAGUAAGCCGCUUAACAAACGUCCACAAUAACAUAAUCUUCGACAUACAUUCACAGCCUUCAGCAAGUAUUGAUACAUCAGAUGUAAAUUAUCAUAAUAUAAACAUUGACAACAGUAUUGCCGUGGACGGCCAAGAAGAACAAGGUAUUGAAGUGUACACAGUGGAAGACCAGGCAGAGCCGAUAUCCUCACCACCACCGCCCACCAACCAAAUGUCUACAUACCCACCCAAAACCCACGUGCCCACACAUCCAGCUACCACAUACGUGCCCACAUAUCCAUCCACAAACAACACGUACACACACCCAACAACCUCUUCCUCACUCCAUAGCCUGACUUUGCAUUUGAACCUGUAUGCUCCCAGUACUCCUGCACAAGACUCUACAGAAAGUUAUGUCAACAAACUUGUCGAUGACAAUUUCUACGACUACCCAGAGAACCAGAACAAAAGGCGGCGCACUCCGAGGAUGGACGACGGUCGGAAGAAGAUCGACAUCUCUCUAGAUAAAUUCAAUAAUGGUGAGUUAGAGGGUGAGGCUAGGGAGGGGUUGGGAAACAGUGUCAGUGGUCGACCAAUACUAAGGUUGCCGCCCUUGGCCCCCACCCUCAGGCCUGGUGCUACCCCACAGCGGCACCCUCCACCAGAUAGGCCUCUCCCUCCUUUCCCUCCCAGGGCUCGUCCUGGCGUCUUCUCAGACUUUCCUCGACGUCCGGGUACUCCUGCACCGCCUUCACCUGUGGCCAUAGACCCUGUUAGUCUAUUAAUGUCUCAGGGUGGGACAGCAGUGCCGUUUAUCACCACCACGGCCGCCCCAGAACCAUCUCGCCAGCAGAUAUAUAACGCUCUUGCACUGGUGGCAGGCCUCCAUGGCAGCUUUAAUUACGGGGAAAGCAGCGAGCAGCCGACGCCCGUCAUCAGCCUUCACACCACCCAGACCCUUGGGGGUGAGCUCCAGGUGUCAGAGUCACAACAAACACCCGGACAAAUUAAGCAGCCCGGUACUACCAUCAGCGGGGCUGUUUCACCACCCGCUCCACCACCCCCUCUAGGCCCCCUUAGCAUCCUCACCAACCCUUAUCCAGUGCCUGUGUCUCAACCUAAUGUAGGAUAUCCUGGAUAUAUUGGUUAUCCUGGCCGCCCAUCCUAUCCUUACGCACAGUAUCCUCAGUACCCACCUUUCCCGCCGCCGUAUUCCUACCCAUACCCGCCACCAUCACAAGAAUGUCAGGGGGGCGGAGCCUCCACCAGCACCUCUACGGGACCAGGGUCAGCGGCGGCUGCAGCGGCGGCAGGAGGCGGAUGUGGGGGCGGUGGUGGGUCAUCGUCAACGUCUACAGCGGUUAAUCAGAGUGCGGGGGCGGUGCCGGGGUCUGCGUCUGUGGGUGGUGGUGGCUCUCAGGUGCACCUAGUUAGUGCUCCAUCUCCUCCUUCGGCCUCACCCCCGGCCCCCCCUCCCCUCCUCGACAAGGGCUCCUCAGUAAACUCGCCAGCAGCGCCACAAGAUGAGUACGGGCGGGUAGUGGCGGCGCUCAACACCUUGAUGGCUUAUCUGAGCCGCAACAGAGAUCAACCCGCAGUCACCACCUCGGCUCCGUCAUCCUUCAGUGUCAGCGUCGACGUGUAUGUACCCAUCCUGUCGGAGAUCCUGGGAGGCCGUCGAACCACCACCCCAAUACCCGCCGCGGAUGACACCCACCGCCCAGCCGUCCCUCAACAAACACAAACCCCGGCACACGUAGGUCUACAGUCCCAGGAUAUCCAGUCACUGAUAGAGAUGGGUUAUACCUACGGUGGCUAAUGGGGGCCCUGAUAAGAGUUGAGUUAGUUAUAUCUAUGGCAAGGAAUAUAGUACGUAUUUCUGUUAGCCUUAAUGCUGUCGUUUUCUGCUGCCUCUCUGACAACAACAAUAACGAUAACAUUAAUAAAGCUUAAUAAUGAUGUUAGUUACGAUAAUAAUAGUGAUAAUGACGAAUAUUCUGAUAAUAAUGAUAAUAAGAAUUAGCUUUAGAUAUGGGACACAAAUAAGUAGAGAUACGGUCAACGCUCCUUGGACACUAAGCAAUAUAUGUCAUCUACUUGUGGGUCAUUAUAAGUAACUAGUUCAUCACUGGUGAAUGAUGAUCUACAUUAUGAAUUACGCCAGAAUAACAACAUGAAAAAUCACUAUAUAAUGCAAAGAAAAAAGUGUUUGUUUGUGCAUGUGUAUUGUGGUUUGUGUGUGUAGGUGUGUGUUUGUGUAUUGUUGUUGCGUGUGUACGUGUG